UUUACUCACGCGCUGUGACGGGACAGACAUGGGAAAACGUGGCAAUGUAUAGUUCGCAGUAAUAAUAAGUAUGUUAUUAGAUAACAAGCCAGAUUUGUUUAUAAGUAAUACACUGGUACGUGGAACAAUUAGUACGCUAUCAUUGAUUCAGUGUUGUUAUCGCGUGGUGAUGCUCGCUGUCGCUAUAAGUACAGAGAAAGUUUAUUAUUCUCUGUGUUACCAGCAGUCUGCGAUCAGCUGAUGCAAACUCGAGUCGAUUGUUUAAAGUUCGGAGUACUAACAAAGGACUUUUUUGUCAAUCUAUCGAAACUAUAUGAUCCGUCGACAGUUUAACUGUGCUCUCAGCUAUGAGACAUCGUCAGCAUAAACGAAACUGCUUUGUGCUCGAUUGAGCAAAUGAUGAAACUAUAAGGAGAUAAUUUGAAAACUUACACAAGUGUUAUCGUAUGUAGACAGUAUGAAAUUUCCGGAGUAUAAAAACCAAGGAUAAGGUACCGUACUCGCCACACACAAUGAUGGGGGUACCCUACCUCGCCAAUGACCGAGACAGUAUGGGAUUUUUUCACCAGUUUCGUCUGCUGUUGUGGAAGAAUUUUACGCUCAAAAAACGGACACCUUUUGUGCUGCUUUUCGAGGUUUUCAUCCCCCUUGUCCUGUUUGUCAUCUUGAUCCUCAUCAGAAAAAAACAGCCAGCGGUGCCCAUGCCACAAGGAAACUAUUAUGCAGAACCGUUACCAUCGUCUGGUGUUGUGCCAAUUAUGCAGAUGUUUUGUGACGGAGGACAGUCCAAAGACAAGAAUGGCUUCCGCGAGUUUCAUCAUGCAAAUACCACCCAGUUCCUGAACCAGCUGCAGUCAGUUGCUAAGAACCACCAUUUCUUCAACCCCGGUUACACGCCCUCGGAGAUGGAUGACUUACCGUACAUCUACAAAAGUAUCAUUGAUGACCCUGCUACACUGCACGAGCUGUUCAAACAUGGCCAUGAUUUCCAGCUAAGUUCCGUGGUCGGGAACAGACUGAAGUUUGCCAAGUACCUUCACAGCAACCUUUCUCUGCCAAUGGAUGAUAUAAACACCAUAAUGAACGCCACUAUUCACAUCUCUGAGUUAAACAAGUUAUUAUUUGGAGUAGAUCCAGAGACAACACAUGCCACCAUUUUACGGAGACUCCGUAGAGACAUCACAAGAAGCCUGGGGGAUUUACAACUUCCUCCGCUCUUUCACCAAAAUGAAUUCCAGCAAGUGCCUUUUCAGUCCUUUCUAAAUGAGAGUGAACUUCUAGAGGAAGCCCUUCACUCACAAAGUACAGAGUCCCCGGAAGCCCUGUUUUACAAGGUUAUCGAGAAUGACGGUCUGCUGGCUGACCCACUGGUGCAGAAGUUCCUUGUCCCCUACCUAGGGCUGAUCGACAGCAACCAAGAUUUAAAUACUAUUACUCCAGGAGAGACUGCUGAGUUUCUGAAGAUGGUGCUAUUCUCUCCUACAGCAUUACACCAGCUAGCCUGUAAUGAUGAGUUCCUCAAAGUCAUUGUUCCUGCUACCACCAGUAACGAGACAUACAUUACUGAUGCCAAGAACCGAGUGUGUAACAUGAGUAAGGUACAGCUGCUGGACCUGUCAAACCUCCUCAAAAGGGAGAUAAGUGACCAGGAGGUGAUCAACGCCUUACAACUGCAUGCAGUCAAUUUGACAUCUCUCGAGAAUAAAGUCAAGACAUUCAUGAAGGAGCUCCAGAAAUUUUACCAGUUCCAAGAGAGCCUGUACGAGAUGAGCGUGUUUGCUGAGACCCUUCCACAAGAUUCAUGCAGCCGAGUAAACCUGACCAGCCCCUCUAAUUCUGUCAACGUUACAGCAGGCAACAUAACUACAUCAUCGCCUCUGGAUGAUGAUGAUGACGACGAUGAUGAUGACAGUGAUGAUGACAAUGAAAAAAAGGACAAGGUUGACCAACAAACCAAAAAGCCACCAAAGUUUGCCGGAUUUCUGCACCUGUGGAAUAGAAUGCAGAGGACAUUUUGUGGUAGACAGCCCAAGGAGGUGCCCAAGAAACGUAUGGAGAGUGACAUUAAAGACCUGAAUCUUGAUGACCUUGGGAUAUCAAGGGCACAACAAGACAACCUGAAAAUCCUGGUGCAUGUUCUCUACAGCAAUCCGAAAGUCCUGUAUGCCCCAAACAACACCGCCGCUGACAAGAUCAUAAAGAAGGCCAAUGAAUCGUUUGCUCUAAUGGAUGAGAUCAGCACGUAUGCCAGGAAGUGGCUUAAUAUCUCCGGGGAGUUGAGGACAUACCUAAUGGAGAACUCCACAGCGUACAACCUGGCCUCCAUCAAAGAGAUGCAUCGACAACUGAAGAACAACCAGGGCAUGUUUUCAAUGUUACGGGGAGUGAAAGGCAUCCAGGAGUUCCUCAACAGCUCCGUACCAGACAUUCCCUUCUUUCUCCACGAGCUUAACAACAUAGACAACGCAGCGUGUGGCUGGCUCAGUACACUGGCCGGGAUCAACCUCAACGUGUUCCGUGGAUUUCGCACGGAAGAAGAUCUUGUGGAUUACUUCCUCACCAAGGCGUACUCAGAAAAUGUCACUACAGUCGCAGGUUUGAUAUUUGAGAACUUUAAGAAGGGUGAAGGUCUCCCUCCUCAUGUCACAUACAAGAUACGACAGAAUGCAACUUUCACACCGACGACAAAGUACGUACGGAAUCGAUACUGGUAUCCAGGGCCAGGACCGUGGCAACACCCCUACUACCAAUUUGGCUUUGUCUGGAUACAGGACAUCAUAGAGCGCGCCAUCGUUGACGUACAGGUGGGGCGAGACGUCGUGGAGCCUGGCAGCUAUGUAACACAGUUCCCCCACUCCUGUUAUAAAUACGAUGAGUUUGUGUUUAUGAUAGAACAUGUGAUGCCCCUGUGUCUGACCAUUUCCUGGGUCUACUCCGUCGCCAUGCUGGUACAGAGCAUUGUGUAUGAAAAAGAGCAAAGGCUGAAGGAGGUGAUGAGGAUGAUGGGUCUAAGCAAUGCUGUCCAUUGGUGCGCGUGGUUUACCAUGACCUUCAUACAGAUGACCAUCACUAUGGGCCUGCUGACCAUCAUGCUCAAGAUCGGCAACGUUCUGGCCCACAGUAACCCUUGGGUUGUGUUCACUACCCUGGAAGUGUUCGCCAUUGUCACCAUAGCAUUCUCGUUCUUGGUGAGCACGUUCUACUCGAAGGCCAAGGUAGCAGCCGCGUGUGCUGGCAUUGUGUACUUCCUCACCUACGUACCGUACAUGUACGUAGCCAUCAGAGAGGACGUGGCUGGUGACCAGAUCUCAGCGGUCAUCAAGUCCCUUGUGUCUCUGUUUUCUACGACUGCGUUUGGCCUGAGCGGGAAGUACUUCGCGUUUUACGAGGAGGAGGGAGUCGGAGUACAGUGGGACAACAUCCAUCUGUCCCCCGUAGAAAAUGACGAGUACAGUCUGCUCACGUCCAUACUCAUGAUGAUCCUCGACUCAUUCCUCUACUCCCUGCUGGCUUGGUACAUAGAGAAUGUGUUCCCAGGAUCGUAUGGUCUGCCACGGCCGUGGUAUUUCCUGUUCUCCAAGACGUACUGGUGUUCAGGUGCCACAAAGGCACAGGAAAUGGACUGUGGCAACAUCCUGGACAUGUGUCGUCGUAACCAUGCCUACAGCUCGUUACUGGAGGACCAGGCCUGUGCACUGGAUCAAAGGGAUGCAGAGUAUGCUAGAAAGUUUGAGGCAGAUCCUACCCACCUCCCCCAGGGUGUUCACAUAGAGAAUCUCACAAAGAUUUACAAGACUGGAAAAAAACUAGCUGUAAAAAAUUUGACACUAAGUUUUUACGAGGGACAGAUAACAUCAUUCCUGGGCCAUAAUGGUGCAGGGAAAACAACGACAAUGUCAAUCUUGACUGGGCUGUUCCCUCCAACAUCUGGAUAUGCACUGAUAUACGACAAUGAUAUCCGCACUGACAUGGAUCUGAUCCGCCAGAGUCUGGGAAUGUGUCCCCAACACAACGUCCUGUUUGACAAACUGACAGUACAGGAACAUCUGUGGUUCUAUGCUCGCCUCAAGGGUAUGAAGAUGGAGGACAUUAAACCAGAAAUGGAAACGAUGUUAGAGGAUAUAGGCCUUAGCAAGAAGCGUCACUGUCGUGUGGACUGCCUGUCGGGCGGCAUGCAGAGGAAGCUGUCUGUGGGCAUUGCCUUUGUGGGCGGGUCCCACACCGUCAUUCUGGAUGAACCGACAGCUGGCGUAGACCCCUAUGCCAGGCGAGCCAUCUGGGAUCUACUGGUGAAAUAUAAACAUGGAAGAACAAUCCUGCUGUCGACACAUCACAUGGACGAGGCAGACAUACUUGGUGACCGUAUUGCCAUCAUAUCUAAUGGAGAACUCAAAUGUUGUGGAUCCUCACUGUUCUUGAAGAACACCUUUGGGGAAGGGUACCACCUCAACCUGGCCAAGUCUGAAACAGAGGAGGACAUUGAAAGUCUGGAUUUCUCGGAGACGGGAGACAACAACAUCCUAAACAACAGAAAGUCAUUCGUCAGCAAAUGUCAAGAGUCAAAGGUUACAGAGUUCAUUAAUAAACAUGUAUCCACAGCGUUUUUGAAAUCAGAAACCAUUCGAGAGCUGCACUACAUCCUACCGUUUGAGGAGGCCAAGAAAGGGAACUUUGAGAAACUGUUCAACGCCCUGGAUACUGGUCUAGGUCAGCUCCAUGUUUCCAGUUAUGGGGUCAUGGAUACCAACUUGGAGGAGGUCUUCCUUAAGGUCACAGAGGCAGCCUUCCAGGAGGAAGAUGCCAAGAAUGCAAACAAAGACAACAACACCCAAGAAGACAGUGAUAAUCACAGUAACGGAUCUGACCAAUCAAAUCCAUCGACACAAGCUAGUUCAACCAAUGAGCGUGACCAUGAGGUUGAGAUGGGGAACCUGGCUGGUCUUAGCAGAAAUGACAGUGAUGAAUCACUGAUCGGACACAUACAGGAGCCUGGUGCAAAUGGCUACUUACAUCUACCGCAACAUGAUGAUGGACCAGAACGAGACGGUCCUUCCAGCUGUAAUGGAAAUGGAACCUAUCGCCUCAGCAAGAAAUGGCUACGUCUGAAUCAGCUGAGAGCUGUGCUUAUAAAACGAUUUCACUACAUCACACGUAACUACAAGGGACUUUUCUCUCAGAUCAUUCUGCCAGCUUUGUUUGUGUCUGUCGCCAUGACCGUGGCUCUGUCUGCUCCGAAGGUUAAGGACCCUCCUCCAAUUGAAUUGAGCCCUUCACAAUACUUCAAUGUCACUCAACCUAAAGGAAACUACAUUCCUUAUACAAAUGAAAAUCCGAGGAUUACAAACUAUUCCGACUCGUUGGAUGCAGGUCCUUUGGAACUGAUGCAGACAUUUCACUUGGCGUCUGGUGUGGGUGCGACUUGUGUUUUGAAGUCUACACAUGAUCGCACAUUUGGCUUUCACAACCCCAGCAACAUCACAGGAAACCAGAAACAGUUCGAGUUGUUAUACCGGUACUACGAGACACAGUGCGGAAAGGUGUUUGUGUCGGGGAUACACAUAAAGAGCUAUGUCCCCAGAGUACAGAUUAUCAACAACGAGGACAACUUAGAUGACAAUUACACGAUUCCUUCACCAGAGAGCCCAUCAGAGGAGAUUAAGUACUACCCUACCUGUCACUGUGCAAAAGAUAAAUCGGGCUUCGUCUGUCCGGGAUCCAGCACAUUUUCCCAUCCACCAGAUUUCCAGGUGGUAACCAGGGACAAAGUCCAGAACGUCACAGGGACCAACACUGAGAAGUUCCUCCUGUACACCCAGGACGCCUUGUAUCGACUACACAGAUAUGGAGCAUUUUCAUUUGGUUUGGAGAGCAACGUGGUCCCUGAAGGUUUUGGAAAAUCUGCCCCGACGAUGUUUCGCAAGUUUGCUGUGAGGCGAGUGGCCAAGGCUUGGUACAAUCACAAGGGCUACCAUGCUAUGCCGGUCUUUCUCAACACCAUCAAUAAUGCCAUUCUGAGAGCCAAUCUUCCCAAGUCCAAGGGACACCCGGCUGCAUAUGGUAUAACUGUGAUUAACCAUCCCCUAAAUCAGACCAACAACAAGCUCAAUAAAGACUACAUUCUCCAGGGAUCCGAUGUUCUCAUCUCCAUCUUCAUCAUUGUUGCCAUGUCGUUUGUGCCGGCCAGUUUUGUCGUAUUCCUGGUGUAUGAGCGUUCCAUCAAGGCCAAGCAUCUACAGUUUGUCAGUGGCAUUGACCCAGUCAUGUACUGGCUUGGUAACUACGUGUGGGAUAUGUGUAACUAUACCAUCCCAGCAUUCUGUAUCAUCAUGAUCCUCCAAGUGUUUCAUAUCCCAGCAUACACUUCACCACAGAACAUGCCAGCUGUGGUGUCCCUGUUCCUCCUGUAUGGGUGGUCCAUUACCCCGGUGAUGUAUCCAGCCUCUUUCCUGUUCAAGGAACCAAGUACAGCCUAUAUCUGUCUCAUUGUCAUCAACCUCUUCACCGGCAUCACCUGUAUCGUUUGCAGCUUCCUCCUAGAAAUCUUCUCCUACGACAAGGACCUGAACAGAAUCCAUCUGAUCCUCAAAGAUGUGUUCCUCAUGUUCCCCAACUACUGUCUGGGACGAGGACUCAUGGACAUUGCAUUCAAUGAAUACAAAAAUGAAUUCUUCUUCAAAACAGGACAGUACAACCAGAUCAAAAGCCCCUUCACCUGGGAGUUGACCUCUAGAAACCUUGUUGCAAUGGCCAUUGUUGGGGUCAGCUUCUUCCUACUGACGUUGCUAUUAGAAUUUAAAUUUUUCAUCAAAAGUAGCUACAGGCGUAAACCCCACUCGCUGUCCAGUCUGGCAGAUGAGGAUAUAGAUGUUGCUACGGAGAGGAAGCGGUUGUUACGAGGAAGUGGUCGUUACGACCUCAUUAGGAUUGAAAACCUCACAAAGGUGUAUAAAACACGGAAGCUCGGACGCCACCUCGCAGUGGACAGAUUGUGUCUCGGAGUACCCUCAGGGGAGUGCUUUGGACUAUUAGGGGUGAAUGGAGCAGGAAAAACAACAACAUUCAAAAUGUUAACGGGGGACAUACAGCCGACCAGUGGGGACGCUCAUCUCAACAGAGACAGUGUGCGUAAAGACAUGCUGUCAUUACAACAGAAGAUUGGCUACUGUCCGCAGUUUGAUGCGUUAUUUGACGAGUUGACAGCUCGGGAGCACAUCCAGCUGUACGCCAGACUGCGAGGAAUACCGCCUAAGGAGGAGAAACAGGUUGUGGAGUGGGCCCUAAAGAAGCUUGGUCUGACACAGUAUGCUGACAAAACUUCAGGAACCUACAGUGGGGGUAACAAGAGGAAGCUGUCCACAGCCAUAGCUCUCAUAGGCCAUCCACCCGUCAUCUUCAUGGAUGAGCCCACCACAGGUAUGGAUCCUCAUUCCCGCAGAUUCCUGUGGGAUCUCAUCCUCAGCCUUGUACGAGACGGACGAAGUGUUAUCCUUACAUCUCACAGCAUGGAGGAAUGUGAGGUCCUGUGUUCAAGAAUGGCCAUCAUGGUGAAUGGUCAGUUUAAGUGUCUGGGCAGUGCACAGCACCUGAAAAACAGAUAUGGAGACGGUUACACAUUCAGUAUCAGACUGAAGGGACCAGACUUUGACCAUUCCAGUGAAACAGUCCAGAGAUUUGUGGACAGAAAAUUCCCUGGUGUAGUAUUAAAGGAGCACCACUAUAACUUACUACAAUAUGAAUUACGGGGUCAGAGUGUUUCCUUGGCCCAGCUUUUCAACAAACUAGAGGAGGCACAGAAAGACCUUGAUAUAGAAGACUACUCUGUCAGUCAAAACACGCUGGACAAUGUCUUUAUCAACUUCGUAAAGAAACAGGUGGAGAUCGUGGAGGAGAACAGUGAUCUCGGUACGGAGGAGGAGGAAGAGGUAGAAGAUGAUUGUCCAAUGAUCUCGUUAGAUGGACAUGAUCAUGGGCUCGGAAUAGAUUCAGAUGAGGAUGAUCCGACCUUCAGGAUAAAUGAGUCGGGUACUCAUCUUUCUCUCCUGAAUAUGGAAACCUGACAGUUUUAUCUGAACGUCGACCAGUGACACAAAAUACAAACAUCUGCUCAACUCUGAUCUCGGUGGCUGUCCCAUCGGUGGCUGCCCUUUUGUGACAUUUAAUGACCAUAUUUCUCAGGCAUUGCGUCAUCAUUUCUACUCUAUAUACAAAUUAUUUAUUUAUCUUCAGUGCUUGCUCAAGGAAUCAGUAGUCUUGUGAAGUAUUGAUAGAGCAGCCAGUAAACUGUUUUUUUUACUUGAGCUCGGCUCUUUAUAUUCCUGUGAUCCAGAUUUAGUAGUGUACGUCAUAGCUGAGCUUUUAUAGAUUUCUUUAUAUGUAUACGAUCGUGAUUCCAUGGACUUAUUACCAGGCUGUGUACAUAUUUAUUGCAAAGUAUUCCAUUUGUGUAUAUGAAGUGGUCAUAUUGAGCUGUUUACUUACAAACCAUAAGUAACCAAGUGACAUAUUAAGAAGCACAUUUGUGUAUAACAUUUUGUCUGUAUUAUGUUAUUCAUGUGCUUGAGUGAUUUGAAAUGACGUCAUAGCCAAUAGGACAGUAAAUAUUGGACCAAAACUCUCAUUUAUCGAUCUUAUUGGUAAAAUGUCCUGUCCACUUAUAAACUGAAAUCUUUUAUUAGAUGUUAGAAUACAUGAAAAUAGUGGAAUCCUGUCAAGUUAAGUAGCUGCAGAUGUCCUUUGGGGAACACACAUAUUUGUUAGUGAUGAGAUGGUUCUCCAACAGACUCAAAGACAAGAUUGUUUUGCUAUAUGAUAUGUUUGUUACUGUUACAGUAAUCGAGUCAAAUCUGAAAUUAGACAGAAAUUGAUUAGAAUAGAAAUGUUAGACUUCUAAAAAGUAUAUUUUUGAAAUCACUUGUUGAGAUAUUUUUGAAUCAUACGUCUUGUUGAGGGUUCACAAUCGUUUGUUUCUCGUUUGUUUCUGUUGUACUACCGGAACAUUUUGUCCACAUACUUUGUAUAUAUGAAGCUGUGAGGAUUUUUACAGUAAAAGUCCUGUAGUUAAAUAGAUAUACUUCAGUGAGUUAAACGCUCCAACCUACAUGAAUAAUCCUUUUUAUUUUCCUAACAAAUCUUGGAACUUCCAGUUAACUCAAACAUAUAUUGUGUUGGUCCAAACACAAUUGAGUUUAUGUUAUAUGCUAAUGUUAUAUACCUAAUUUGACUUGCAUUCAAACUUAUCUCCCCUAACCCAGAAUUACUGGUUUGUUAUGAUUGUGUACAUUUUUGUGUUUUAUCAAUUGAUCCAGUCGAAGAAUGUGGUUAUUUAUUAAAGAUGUUUUACAGGUUUCUUAGUUAAUAGUAGAACAAUUUAGAUAUAGCAGAUAUAACAAAACAGUUUUAUACUGAGUCAAUCAGCUGUUGUUUUGUCCUAUUCCGUCUUUUCGUAUUGCAGAGUUAUCUGCUCUUGUGAGCAGGUAUUGAUUGUUACUUCAUUUGUUUGUGAGAGUAACGUCAACAAUUUUUGAGAAAAUGACGUAAUUUUCUCACGCAAACCAAUGACGUUACAAUCAAUACCUGCUCACAAGGGAAGAUAACUCGGCAAUACGCAAAGACGGAAUACCAUUCUGUAUGGAAAUUUAUAAUGGUUGAUAUAACAUCUACGUAACUGUUGUGAACAAGGAAGACUUAAUUGAUUUAUAAGAGUCGACCAUGUCAGAAAUUGAAAAUAUGUCAAUGAUCAUUAGAUAUUGUCUUUAAUAUUGUAACAGGAAUGAGAAUAGUGUGAUUCCACUGGUGAUUUAUUCCGCGCCCCUGAGCUUCCCAGUCUGCCGCUCUACCGAUUAAGCUAAAGGGAAAUUCCCUCUAGCGCGAAGCUAGAAUAAUGGCAACCUUAAUAUCCUAUGUAAAAUUAAAAUCUGCCACUCUACUCCCCCCUUGGAACACCACCACAACCCAGGUUCUAAAUCCCUGCACAUCCCGUAAGGGAGGGCCACGGACACUAUCAAUUUGUAACAGGAACGAGGGUAAGUAAUGCUUCCACCAGGGAUCGAACCCGCUACCCCAAGCUUCCCAGUCCGUCGCUCUACCGAUUGAGCUAAAGGAAAAUUCCAAUCCCUCUAGUCACUAGUGCAAAGCUAUAAGGCAAAUGGUAUCCUGUGUACAAUUAAAAUCUGCCACAAUAUUAUUAAAGUAUACUUUUGUACCAGUGACUACUAGGUAUUGUAACGGUUUGACAUAUAUGUACAAUUAAAAUCUGCCACAAUAUUAUAAAGUUUACAUUUGUACCAGUGACUAUUAGGUAUUGUAACGGUUUGACACGGUUUGUCAAAAACUGUUUAUAGAAAAUUUAAUUCUCUUCUAAAUUCUACUUGUUUUAUAUAUUGUGCUGUUUUGGAUUAUGUUAAUUUGUGUCACAUAAAGGUAGCUUUCUGUGCUCUGUAUAUCAUUUGUCGUAAAUAUAUGAUGCAAGUACAUGUAUAUGCAAUAUUACCCAAUUUAUUUACGUUGUCCCCCCCCCCCUUUUGUUUUGUUUUUGUCCAUUGAUUAAUUGAUCAGUUGAAUACAUGCUGAAUUACACUCUGUCAUGAUAGAUUUAGUGCUCUAAGUUAUAGUCAGUACAGUCUCUUACUGUGUUAUAUUGUUGUGAAUGUCUCUUACUGUGUUGAAUGUUGAAUUAUGAUUAUUUUUAUAUGUCAGUUUAUUUAAAUGAUGGAUGGAUGUAAUUUCCUUGAUGUAAUGCUUCAACAAAAGACGCAUGAACAUGGUGUUUUUCAAAGUGAAAACAAUUGCCAAUUUUUAAAUGAUGUAGUGUAGGAGAAUUCUUGAUCGGUAACGAGCCUUGCCAGUCUAAAUUAGCAGCAUUGUAGCUUCUGGUACUUUGAUUGUUCAUAUAUCUGUUUUGUGAAAGUAAAAAUAUUUGUACUUUGAAUAGUUGCCAUGAGGGAUCGGUUUAUAGUCAUCUAUAUAGUCAUCAGAACUUCCUUCUUUUUAAGCUUUAAUGCGUAGGUGUUUCAUCAAAAUGUUGGUCAAGGUUAAGAACGCAGCGAGACAAAUUAUUUCUCACAGUACCACAAGUUCAAAUUUGAACGAAAUAUUGUCUUCUGCAGGCAUGCCCUUCCAUGGGAUGUCAGCUCUCUGUCUUUCUGUAGGGCAUCUACUAAAUUCUCCUCAUUUCCUACAUCAACAAAAAAUACAGACAUUACUGUCCAUCCAGAUUUAAAAGAUAAUUUUGUUGUUGUUGAUAUAUUUAUAUUUUCAUUUAUUUGUUGAUUAUUUUGUUAUCAAAACAUGACAGUUACUUGAAAGGCGUUUGUCUGUGAUUGAAUGUUAUUUCAUAAGAUAAAGAAUUGAUGGCCUUGGUGAAAGGGUGACAUGAUGAAUUGUCUCCCUCAUUUCCAUGUGGAAUACAACUGCUGAUCGAGGUUAAACAAACCUUCAUAUCACCCUACCGCCAGAGUCAUAAAUGUAUAAUGUUCAGUUUAUCUGUUUUUUUUGAGUGGAUAAUUUGACUGAUGAUAAAAUCAAAGAUGGGACCAAAAUUGUUGACUUUUCAAUUGAAAAUAUAAUAAAAAAGGAGAAAACCAAUCAAAUUGCAAUAAAAAAAAAUUCUGUAGAUAACUGUAAUCCAUGUGUUAUACUAUCAUCUUCUAAAAUCCCGUUUUUUUUUUAUAUGAUCUCUCUCUGAAUAUCAAAAAGUAGUAUACCUUCAGUAAUGGUUAGGAUUCGUACCCAGGGUUAUUGGAUGCGAUAGGUUGUCAUCAGAACAAAGUGUUGCCCUUAGUCCCAGCAGUAUGUGGUUACAAACACCAUACUGCAUUGAUGAAGUAUAAGAUGUCUUGGGUGAAAUUAUUUUAAAAAGUUGUGAAAAUGAUAUAGCAAUAAAAAAUCAUAUACUGUACUGGCAUGAUACAGCUUUACAACUUAUCCCCACUUCGAUCAUGAUCAUUGCUAAUCCUGUAUCAAUGGUACUAGCAAUCAAAUGGAUUGGUUUUUGAGCUUGAAGGCCAAUCACGAAAUAAUAUACUCUUAAGAAAUUUUCAUCAUAGUCAUGUGCUUUGAAAUGUGAUGGAAAAAAAUUGUGAUAUCUCUUAGGUGACAAGGAUCAGCUACUGUUUAUUUACAAUCCGGUUUCUGUAAUGCUAAAUCCAUUUUUUCUUGUUGAUGUUAAUAUUUAUUUCCAUGCAGUAUUAUUUCAAUUUGAUGCUUAAGUUCUAUUUCAAAUUUAUGAAUUCAUCUGUUGAACCCUUGAUAAAUGGAUUUGAAUCUGGAGAUUUUAAAGCAAGGAGAAAGAAGUAUGAUAUCAAAGUUUUACUUUAUUGUACACAAACAAUGUACGCAUAAAAUGUGUUGCAUUAACGUUUCAAAUAAGACCGACUGGUCCCUUUGUGAAGCUAUGACUGAGUGAGCGAUUUGUAUUGUUUACCUGUACAACGAUGUGACUAAAUUGUAUAUUUCAUGUGUCGCCCAACCCAGGACCUUUCGUCUAUCGAUAGAGUGUAAUACGUAAAUUGUUUCUAUAUAAAAUAAAACUUUGAUCUUGCAUAUAUAUUUCCAAACUGAUGAAUCUUAUUGAAGAUACGUGAAAGAAGUAUACUUUUCUUAUAUAUUACAAUUUCAAUGGGUUUUUUUUAUGCACACUAGAUGUUUGUGACUGUUUUGAAUGGAUGUUACUUUAGUCAUUGCCAGUAUGUAGUUGCUGAAUGUCUCGUAUUUAAAUGAUUUAAUCCAGUGCUUGAAGUAUUAAACCAGUAUUAUUGAUAUUUCAGAUUUUACACCCAGUAUUGCAUUGUGAUUGCAAUUUAAGCUCUGUGUUUUAUUCGUCCAAGAUUUUAUUAUUUAAGGAACAACAUGAGAUGUUGGUCUUGUUAUGUCAUAUUUGCUUAAAAAGUACAUCAUUUUUUAGGUACUAAGCAUAACAGGAAAAAUCUUGGUAAUUCCUUCCAAUUUUGUUUCUUUAAGGCCAAGACAUUUUAUAUGCAAAGGUAAUAGUUUUUCUUUAUUUUUUUUUGGUUUUGAAAAAAGCAAUACAUGUAUAAUGUGUGUUAAUUUUUAUAUCAUUGUUUGACCGGUGACGGUCAGAAAUGAGCCCUUUGAUAAAAACACCAUUUGUUUUUUAGGUUUCCACGUAUAACACUGACCAAUGGUAGUAUUAUAGGUAAAAUUCAAUAUUAGUCAUUUUGAUGUAAAAGGAAAAUCUUAAUAAUUAACUAGAUACAUUUUAAACAGAUUAUAAAACUAUGCUUGACAUUCACAGUUUAAUUUAUUGGUAACAAUUAACUCUCUUAAUAGAGAAAGAUUGAUAUUUUGUAAAAUGUAUCAUUCAACAAAAAUGAGACAAGCCUGGUACAGAUGUAUUUUAAAAGGAAAACAUUUUAUUGUUAUUCUUUCUCCAUGUUUCCCCACAAUAGUUGAAUUAAUUAUCACUAUUCUCGAAGGUCUGUAGUAGUUUAUCACUAUUCUUGCAAGGUCUGUAGUAGUUUAUCACUAUUCUUGCAAGGUCUGUAGUAGUUAGUUGCUAUUCUUGCAAGGUCUGUAGUAGUUAAUUGCUAUUCUUGCAAGGUCUGUAGUACUUAAUCGCUAUUCUCGAAGGUCUGUAGUAGUUAAUCGCUAUUCUUGCAAGGUCUGUAGUACUAAGUCGCUAUUCUUGCAAGGUCUGUAGUAGUUAAUCGCUAUUCUUGCAAGGUCUGUAGUACUUAGUCGCUAUUCUUGCAAGGUCUGUAGUAGUUAGACUUAAUUUAUAAAAUUUAAAUCUACCAUACUAUCCUUACCAUGUCUUUAGAAUUUAGAAUGUAGAUUUCUUACUUGAAAUUCUUACAUGCACAUGCGAUCCCUUGGAUUUCAAUUGAAACAAGUUAUUGAAUUAUUUAAGAAGAGUUGGAAUUAUAACAUUAGUGCUUUAUAUUUCAGCUACCAGCUUAUAAUAUAUUUUCAAUGGUUAAACACAUAUUGCAAACUCCUUUGACCCUUCAACCUUGGUGAAUAUUUUAGCAUGGUAGCUUCAAAGUUCAGUACAUAAAAAACAAUUUUAUACAUUCCACAGGAGCAGUAAUCGAUAACUGGGAAAGUCCACACUUUCUACAGUGAUGUAGAAAGACAUUACGCAGUUUAAAAAAAAGUUCAGCUGUUUAAAACGAGGAUAAGAAAUUGCAACCUGCUCACAAGGUAGCUAGAACCUUUAUAAGAAUUUUCCAGCAAGCUUUAUGCAUAUUCCAUAUAACUUCAGUAAGUAGCAAAUCUUGCACAUCAUUUAUUAGCAAAUGUCUUUGCUUGUUGAAGAUGUAAAUCUGUUUUUGCUCAUUAGUGUCAAAACAUUUCUAUAACUUCCACACAGUAUUCAUUCAUUUUUUUAAUGUUUCUAUUUCAUACUAGUGAAUUCAUUUGUUUAACCCUUGAUCAAAAGAGUAGACGCUAGUCUUGUAUUCCAGGAUAUACAUGCAAGGAGAAACACAUUUAUUACAGAUUUAAUAAUGUCUUCAAUACAUAGUAUUUUACCAUUUUCAAUUUCAUGAAGUGUCCUAGAAGAGCACUUUGCCUUAUAGCUAUACUAGAUGUGGUGAUAGCAUUUUACAUUUUCAUCUUUCAAAAAAUAUUUAUACAUUUUUCUCAUCUUUUUGAGAAUAGUUCAUAAUAUUUUUUCAUUCAAUAAAGAGAACUGUUAUUCUGGUUUGUUGCAAGCCCUUGUACAAUGAUCUGCAAGAGAAGGUGCUGAAAUAAAAUGUGAUGGAAUUCUA